UAAUAGAAUUAGUGAAUAGUUAAUUUAGUGAAACCCAAACCAAAUCGUUUAUCUAUUAUCAAUUUAAAAAUUUAAUUUUAUUCCUUGUAAUGCCUGAUAAAGCAAUGAAACGUCAACGUGUGUGCGAAGCGGACAUUUUUAAAUAUAAUAGUAACAAUGGCGGCGGUGUUGCCGCAAUGGUGAAUGGUAACCAGACGACGGGGUACCAUUUUAACCACAACGGCAACACUGGCAAUGGCUACAGGAACAUCAGGAUCAGUGGGGUGCAGGAUAAUAAAUAUUUAAGUGGCGAGAGGAACGGGGGAUUUGUUAGUCAUAGUUCCUCGAUAUGCCUUGAGGCCCCUUUCUCGGACGAGCCGAGGGCUCGCGACGUGCGCGACGCCUGCGACUACGGCCGUCGCAUCACCUACGCCGAGGCCAAGUCGGGGAUGGCGCCGAGGAAGGUUCGCGUCUACGCCGACGGCAUCUACGACCUCUUCCACCAGGGGCACGCCAGGCAGCUGCUGCAGGCGAAGAACGUAUUUCCCAACGUCUAUCUCAUUGUAGGAGUUUGUAGCGAUGCUCUGACCCACAGUCGAAAAGGCAGGACCGUGAUGACUGAUACAGAACGAUAUGAGGCAAUCAGGCAUUGCAGAUAUGUAGACGAGGUUGUGAGAGAUGCCCCAUGGGAAUUGGACGAGGAAUUUUUACAAAAACACAAAAUAGAUUUUGUAGCACACGAUGAACUGCCUUACGAGAGUGAGAAUUCGAAUGAUUUGUAUGCAGCGAUCAAAGCUAAAGGAAUGUUUGUGGCCACAGAAAGGACAGAAGGUGUCUCCACGUCAGACAUAGUUGCCCGAAUAGUCCGAGACUAUGAUAUCUAUGUGAGGAGGAAUCUGGCACGAGGUUACUCGGCUAAAGAAUUGAAUGUAUCGUUUCUCAACGAGAAGAAGUUUAGGUUCCAGAAUAAAAUGGACGAGUUAAAAGAUAAAGGGAAGAAGGUUAUGAAUAAUAUCGGUGAGAAGAAAGUUGAUAUGAUCACGAAGUGGGAGGAGAAGAGUAGAGAUUUUAUCGAUGCCUUUUUGUUGCUGUUUGGACGAGAGAGACUGUCUCAUAUGUGGAACGAAGGCAAAGGACGCAUCAUACAAGCCCUGUCGCCCCCAGGAUCACCCGAGUCGUCAAUUAACGGCGAUGACGUCACCAGUGGAUGCGCCGGCAGUGACGUCACUUGUUCGAGUGACGUCACCUCGUCCUCGGCACCACCUCCUGCAAAAUGCGCCCGACGCGACGGUUCGACAAGAAUGGCAUCAUCUCCUCCUCUCAGCUCCUCUCGUCUGACUUCCUCGAGUAUGUCCCCUGGCCUUCGAUCUAGAUCAACCGACUCAAGAAAAUUUCCACCACGACAUAGAUACAUCUCCGAAGACUAUUCAGACGAUGAAGAUGCACAAGCCCGAGAUGAUUUCUUCGAUGCAGAUGAUGAUUUGAAUAAUGUGUGAAUGAUGAAUGAUGAUUGAAGAUAGUUAAUUAGAGAGCCAGCCGGAGGAAAGUGUUGUUGUGCUUUAUGUAUAUAAAUUUAUUUAUAUAUAUAUUUAAUAUACAUAUAUAUUUUUAAUCAUGUAUACGUAAGUAAUAAGUGUGUUUGUAUCGAUGACUAUUAAUAUAGUAGGUCACUUAAUAAUAAAAGUAAUAUAAAUAAUUUAUAUGUGUAUAUUUGUGUCUAUUAUUGUGUACGA